AUGAAUGAUGAAGAACCGAGGAAUAAAAAACCUCGACGAGAAUCAUCACCGUUAACAUCACCACCUCUACCAUCAGCAUCAGCAUCAUCAUCAUUAUUCACUAUCGAUGAUGAUGAUGCUGCUGCUGAUGAUGACAAUGACGAGGAGGAGGAGGAAAACGAAGACGACGACGAUCAGGAUGAUCAGGGUGAUGAAGAUUCAUCUUUAGUAUUACCUUCUGAUCUUAAUUGUGGCGAUGAUGAGGUAGUCGACAAUGAUGAUGAUGAUGAUGAUGAAUUAAGAUGA